CAGCCGGAAAUCAAACAAGAGGUGUCGACUUUUGAUUGCGUCAGCAGUGAGCGCAGCGACACACGAGGGGAAGGGAACCUAGCUGUUACUAAGCGAAUGAGGAUUGUUUCUCAAAUUUAAAUCAUGGGGAAACAGAAAACCAAGAAGUUCGCUGCCAUGAAGCGGAUGAUCAAUAUGAAAGACAACAGAAUAAAAGAGAAAGAUCGAGCCAAACCAAAAGAGGUAAAGAAGAAGGAUCCCUCAGAGCUGAAGGAGACAGAAGUGGCCAAGUACCCGUCGUGCUUGUUCUUCCAGUACAACACUCAGCUCGGUCCACCGUACCACGUACUGGUCGACACCAAUUUCAUUAACUUCUCCAUCAAGGCCAAACUGGACAUUGUUCAGUCGAUGAUGGAUUGUCUCUAUGCCAAAUGUAUCCCAUAUAUCACAGACUGUGUGAUGGCUGAGAUUGAAAAGCUUGGAAUGAAGUAUAGAGUUGCACUCAGAAUAGCCAAGGAUCCGAGGUUUGAGCGCCUGCCAUGUGCACACAAGGGAACGUACGCCGACGACUGCUUGGUCCAAAGGGUAACACAGCACAAGUGUUACAUCCUGGCCACUGUGGACAGAGAUCUAAAGAGAAGAGUCCGGAAGAUCCCUGGAGUUCCUAUCAUGUACAUCUCAAACCACAGGUUUAAUAUUGAACGGAUGCCUGAUGAUUAUGGUGCUCCAAGAUUUUAAUAUCUCUACUGUGAAGGCAGACCUGUAAAUGAACUGGUUUCCUGUGUAAUAAUAUUUUCCUUUUUCAUGUAUAUGUAUACAAAUACAAUUAUAGGUUUUGAAGUUUGAUUUGGUUAGAAUGGGAUGGGGGUGGGUUUAAAGUACAUGAACAUUACUUUGUACCGUGACCAUAUAAAACAUUUUGUUUGAAUAAAUGAACUGUUUCAAUGCA